UACAAUAUCAACCAAAUACACAACCUGAUGACCCUCAACACUCAACUCGCACACCACUGUGGGUGCCAAAAAGAUGAAUCGAAGCAAAGCGAAGCCAUGGCAAGCAUCGACCACCCAUUCAACAAAUGUAAAUGGAGGAUGGUAAAUCAGAUGGACGGAACCAGGCGCAGAACGAAGGUCACGGAUUGCGCCAGCCGGAAUUGCAAGUGGUCAAUUGCCUACAAAGGCUUGAAUCAAGGUGCUUGAGAAAGGGAUAUGCGGAGCUGGGUCGUUUUCAGGUGCAUUAUUGGUCAUAUCUUAUGCAGAAGGAUGGAAAUGUCGGCCGCUAGGCA